ACGCGCGAGGGUUGGAGGGUCGAGUCGGGGCUGUGCUGGCAGCGGCUGCUUUGGCGGCGGUUGGUGGCCGUGGGGGCGGGAAGAGGAGGUGGAGGAGGCUUGGGCUCGCGCAGCUUAAGUCAGCUUACCCGCUGGCCGCCUCCUGACAAGCGGGAGGGAUCCGCCGUGGACCCAGGGAAGCGGAGGAGCCUGGCGGCCACCCCCUCUUCCCCACUUCCCUGCACUCUCGUCGCUCUCGGCCUCGGCCUCCGACACGAAAAGGAAGCAAAUGAACUGAUGGAAGAUCUGUUUGAAACUUUCCAAGAUGAGAUGGGAUUCUCCAACAUGGAAGAUGACGGCCCAGAAGAGGAGGAGCGUGUGGCUGAGCCUCGACCUAACUUUAACACUCCUCAAACUCUACGGUUUGAGGAACUACUGGCCAACCUACUAAAUGAACAACAUCAGAUAGCAAAGGAACUACUUGAACAGCUGAAGAUGAAGAAAUCUUCAGCCAAACAGCAGAAGGAGGUAGAGGAGGUUAAACCCCAGUGUAAGGAAGUUCAUCAGACCCUGAUUCUGGACCCAGCACAGAGGAAGAGACUCCAGCAGCAGAUGCAGCAGAAAGAGCUGGGAACCUUUGCUCAAAGCUCCAUCGCCCUUCACCAUCAGUACAACCCCAAGUUUCAGACCCUGUUCCAACCCUGUAACUUGAUGGGAGCUAUGCAGCUUAUUGAAGACUUCAGCACACAUGUCAGCAUUGACUGCAGCCCUCAUAAAACUGUCAAGAAGACUGCCAAUGAAUUUCCCUGUUUGCCAAAGCAAGUGGCUUGGAUCCUGGCCACAAGCAAGGUUUUCAUGUACCCAGAGUUACUUCCAGUGUGUUCCCUGAAGGCAAAGAAUCCCCAGGAUAAGAUACUCUUCACCAAGGCUGAGGACAAUUUGUUAGCUUUAGGACUGAAGCAUUUUGAAGGGACUGAGUUUCUUAACCCUCUAAUCAGCAAGUACCUUCUAACCUGCAAGACUGCCCGCCAACUGACAGUGAGAAUCAAGAACCUCAACAUGAACAGAGCUCCUGACAACAUCAUUAAAUUUUAUAAGAAGACCAAACAGCUGCCAGUCUUAGUAAAAUGCUGUGAAGAGAUCCAGCCACAUCAGUGGAAGCCACCUGUAGAGAGAGAAGAACACCGGCUCCCAUUCUGGUUAAAGGCCAGUCUGCCAUCCAUCCAGGAAGAACUACGGCACAUGGCUGAUGGUGCUAGAGAGGUAGGACAUGUGACUGGAACCACUGAGAUCAACUCAGAUCAAAGCCUAGAAAAAAACAACUCGGAGUUGGAGAGUGAAACUCGGUACCCACUGCUAUUACCUAAGGGUGUGGUCCUGAAACUGAAGCCAGUUGCCAACCGUUUCCCCAGGAAGGCUUGGAGACAGAAGCGUUCAUCAGUCCUGAAGCCCCUCCUUAUCCAACCCAGCCCCUCUCUCCAGCCUAGCUUCAACCCUGGGAAAACACCAGCCCAAUCAACUCAUUCAGAAGCCCCUCCGAGCAAAAUGGUGGUCCGGAUUCCUCACCCGAUUCAGCCAGCCACUGUUUUACCGACAGUUCCAGGUGUCCCUCCACUGGGGGUCAGUGGAGGUGAGAGUUUUGAGUCCCCUGCAGCACUGCCUGCUAUGCCCCCUGAGGGCAGGACAAGCUUCCCUCUGUCUGAGUCCCAGACUUUGCUCUCUUCUGCCCCUGUGCCCAAGGUAAUGCUGCCCUCCCCUUCCCCUUCUAUGUUUCGAAAGCCAUAUGUGAGACGGAGACCCUCAAAAAGAAGGGGAGCCAGGGCCUUUCGCUGUAUCAAACCUGCCCCUGUUAUCCAUCCUGCAUCUGUUAUCUUCACUGUUCCUGCUACCACUGUGAAGAUUGUGAGCCUUGGCAGUGGCUGUAACAUGAUCCAGCCUGUCAAUGCGGCUGUGGCCCAGAGUCCCCAGACUAUUCCCAUUACCACCCUCUUGGUUAACCCUACUUCCUUCCCCUGUCAAUUGAACCAGCCCCUUGUGGCCUCCUCUGUCUCACCCUUAAUUGUUUCUGGCAAUUCUGUGAAUCUUCCUAUACCUUCCACCCCUGAAGAUAAGGCCCACGUGAAUGUGGACAUUGCUUGUACUGUGGCUAAUGGGGAAAAUGCCUUUCAGGGCCUAGAACCCAAAUUAGAGCCCCAGGAACUAUCUCCUCACUCUGCUACUGUUUUCCCCAAAGUGGAACAUAGCCCAGGGCCUCCAUCAGCAGAUGCAGAGUGCCAAGAAGGAUUGUCAGAGAACAGUGCCUAUCGCUGGACUGUUGUGAAAACAGAGGAGGGAAGACAAGCUCUGGAGCCGCUGCCUCAGGUCAUCCAGGAGUCUCUAAACAACUCUUCCUCUGGGAAUUUAGAGGAAGUUGUCAAGAUGGAACCUGAAGAUGCUACAGAGGAAAUCAGUGGAUUUCCUUGAGGAAGGAGAAUAGAGUCUGGAGACUGGGAGCCUUCACUUCAGCCUCUGAUUGGUGGCGAAUAGGACGUAACCAAUAGGAAACCUUUAAAAGGGUACUUAAACCGCAGAAGAUUUUGCAACUGGGGCUCUUGAGCAGCUUGCUUUAGCCUGCUCCAACUCUGUGGAGUAUACUUUUGCUUCAAUAAAUCUGUGCUUUCAUUGCUUC